AUUUAAAAGGUUGCUGAUAGAAAGAUAGGAAUGAUUUGCGGAGUAUUUGACUUUUUAAUCUAUACUUACCUAAAUAAUCUAUUUAUUUAUGGCUUUAAAUAUUUUGUUUAAUUUAAAUUGAUUAUCUUCCUUUUUAAACGCCACCAAAACUUCUCGUCCGUACAUCUCUCUAGCUAGCCUCUCCGUACAGAUACACAAACACCAUAUAAGCUCUAACCUCUCCUCUUAUCAUUUGAUCAUUCCCUUCUUCUCCAACCAUAUACACAAACAUAUAUAUAGACAAACACACAAAUAUAUAAAGAUGAUAUGCGAGGAGACAUAUCAUCAGCAACCACAGGCACCGAUCAAGGAACAUAUGAUGACGAUGAUGAUGAUGGAUCAACACCAAAGUAGGAAAUCACCAUUAUCAUCAUCGCCAUCUUCACCGUCAUCAUCACCUAGGUCACCAUCAUCACCUAGAUCGCCAUCAUUCAACAUUAACAAUGAGGAAGAGAGAUUAGAAGUUGUGAACAUGAGUGGGAUGGCCUUAGAAUCUCUCCCUAAUCCAUCAAUCAAUCUAGCUCAGAUUUGCAAGCUUGAUCUCUCCAACAAUUAUCUCCAGACCAUACCAGAAUCACUUACAGCAAGACUACUCAACUUAAUAGCAUUAGAUGUUCAUUCUAAUCAGCUCAAAGCUCUUCCAAAUUCCAUUGGCUGUCUCUCCAAACUCAAGACCCUCAACGUCUCCGGCAACUUUCUUGUUUCCCUUCCCAAAUCUAUCCAGCAUUGCAGGUCUCUGGAAGAACUUAAUGCAAACUUCAACAAACUCAUUAGAUUACCAGACUCCAUUGGAUAUGAACUCACCAAUCUAAGGAAGCUCUCUGUCAACUCCAACAAGCUCAUUAGCCUCCCAAUCUCCAUUACUCACCUUACUUCUCUCCGUGCCCUCGAUGCUCGUCUCAACUGCCUCAUGAUUCUCCCAGAUGACCUCGAGAAUCUCAUCAACCUCGAGAUCCUCAAUGUCAGCCAGAACUUCCAGUACCUUACAGCCCUCCCAUCUUCCAUUGGCCUCUUAAUGAACCUCAUCGAGCUCGAUGUCAGCUACAACAAGAUCACUGUCUUACCUGAGUCCAUUGGCUGCAUGAGACGGCUGAGGAAGCUGAGUGUUGAGGGAAACCCACUUGUGUCCCCUCCUGCUGAGGUGAUGGAGCAGAACUUGCAAGUGGUGAGAGAGUAUCUGACACAGAAGAUAAAUGGUACCGCACCAAAAAGUCCCAGCAAGAAGAAGUCAUGGGGGUUUGGUAAGCUAGUGAAGUAUGGGACGUUCAAUGGUGGAUCAAGAAGCUGGAAUAGGGAAGAGAGAGAAGGGUUCAUCAUGCCUGAGUACCGUUCCAUUGACAGUCUUGCUUCACCGAGGUACUCUGGAAUGUUCUCCCCUCGCCGUCUCUUUUCUCCAAGAAGUUAUUUCAGCAGAUAAAACUGAAGACAACAACACAGAUUUCAAAUUGUUACAAGCUAUAGACACAAAAAUCCUAAUUUUGUUUAUCAUUUUAAUAUUCAGUAUCAGUAAAAUGUAUAAAGAGUAUCUCAAUAUGUUCAUCAGAUUCUAGAUUUCUUUUUUUUUUCUUUACAUAUGCUUGCACCUGGUCUCUGUUUUUCUAUGCACAUCAAAUUUUGUUCAUGAAUAAAGUAUCUCCUUUCAGAAAAUAUAUCGUCAUUUCUUUCAAAUUCUUUAGACAUUAACGAAAGAAUCAAGAUCAUUUACAGGUGUUAAAACCUAACAAACAGGGUCUCAAACACUCUUCAGUUGUAUCCCAUACUAUAUGAUAAUUGUAUAAAUGAAUCAAAAUCCUUGUUCCUCGCUUCAGUUUCACUUAUAUUUUGAUGAUCAUACUAUGUACUCGGCAUGCCAAAGUAUUAAACAAAAGAAACAUAGCCAAAACUAGCCCUGCGAUUUACAACAGAACCGAAUAUUUCAGUUUUCAGUUUAUGCUCGGUUAUGAUUUCGGUUUAAUUCGAUAAGAUUUUGAAAAUCAAUUUGGUUACUGGCACGGUUAACCAAUUUUUUUAAUAAAAAUAAAUAAAAUAAGUUAUACCAAAAUUAAACCGGGUUAUACCAAAACUAUACUGAUGUUAACCAAUACUCAAUUUAACUGAACCAAGUUAACCGAAUUUAACCGAAAAUACUGAAUCUAAACUGAACUGUCAUUUAAAAAAAAUAAUAAUCAAAUUUCAGUUAAUUUCCUUUUUUGAAAUUGAAAACCAAAAAUAACCGAACCGAAUUGGAAUGGUAUUCAGUUUAUUUCGGAAUUAAUUUUAAAAACUUUGGUUAACCAAAAAAGAACCGACUCGGUUCGGUUUCUGUAAACCGAAAUUGCAGGCCUAGCCAAACCCUUUGACAGCUAUAGUAUUUCACUAUGAUGGAACCUUUGAAGCCAUUGAAGACUUGGCUGCUAUAACGGAAAGAAAGAUCCAUCUCCGUCAUUCAGCUGUUACUAAUUUUCGCUUGCGUGUUUUACACGAAAGUCACGGACGUCCAUGAGUUCAAAAGAUAACACAUCAACCGUGUCAUUAAAUUCACAUAUUGGUGGGUUAUCUUGAGUUCUUCUAAUCUGUUUUUGCUUUGUUUUUUUUCUAAAAAUUUAUAAAGACAAAUCUUUCUGAAAGAACCAUUAAGUAGUAUCUCUGAUUUUAAACAAGAGCAACAGAUCCAGAAACUGAGAUCAAGUUCUUGAUAAGAGGCCAAAAGACAUCACGUGUCUGUCUCUAUCUCUCCCACGUCACGACAGCCACUAGCAUGUGUCUGAAUACACUUGCCGUAUUCAAUUCUGUUUAUACACCUUCUU